UGAGAAAUUGGGCCUGUCACUUUAUUGCCAGCGACACAUCUAUCGGAUUCGCGGCACACUCUUUCUUUCCCAUUAUUCAUCGUCUUCUUCUGUUUUCUUUUUAAACCUCCUGCGCCGCGUUCUCUUGCCGUUGUCGGUCCUUCAUUCCAUCAUUCCUUUUGCCUACCCACCAGGACCCACGCCUUUCUCCCCCAUUGCUUAUCUACAGGUACCCGACACGGUCUUGAUCCGGGCCUGGAACACAAAGCUGCUUGCUCGGCUUGCUGUUACUCAACUUGAUUCUUCUUCUUUGGCGCGCAAGCCCAACAACCACCGUCAAUAUGGACGUGGUCCUCGAGGUCACCGACCAGUUCAUGUUCGAUUACAUGUACGCCUGGCUACUACCAGCACGACCUGCUCUCUAUGAUUUCCCCGACAAGACCAAUGGCACCGCACAAUCUUUCUCGUCUUGGGUGUAUGAGCCCGCGACCAAGUUCUUCUCGCUCGAGCCCUCGCAGGCGGCCUACCAGAGUAUCUGGACAAGAGACAACAUCUACCGUCAGGCUCUAUCGCUCUUCCUAAUACUAUGGCUCUUCGGUCUCGUAACCUACUACGUCUUCGCCUCCCUCUCCUACAUCUUCGUCUUCGACAAGAAGACUAUGGAGCACCCCAAGUUCCUUAAGAACCAGGUCUGGCUCGAGAUCAAGCAGACCAACGCCGCCCUGCCCGUCAUGGCGUUCUUCACGUUCCCCUUCCUGGUCGCCGAAGUGCGCGGUUACUCACUCCUCUACGACACCACGGCCGAGGGUCCUGGUCGCUGGUACGACUUCUUCCAGUUCCCACUCUUCAUCAUGUUUACCGAUUUUGGCAUCUACUGGAUCCACCGUGGCCUUCACCACCCGCUCGUGUACAAGCACCUGCACAAGCCUCACCACAAGUGGAUCAUGCCAACUCCCUAUGCCAGCCACGCCUUCCACCCCAUCGACGGCUUCGCCCAGAGCAUCCCCUACCACAUUUUCCCCUUUAUCUUUCCGCUCCAGAAGAUGGCGUACGUCGGCCUUUUCGUGUUUAUCAACUUCUGGACCAUCAUGAUCCACGACGGCGAGUACUAUGCCAAUAACCCCGUGAUCAACGGCGCCGCCUGCCACUCGGUUCACCACUUCGCCUUCAACUACAACUACGGCCAGUUCACCACGCUGUGGGACCGCCUCGGCGGCAGCUACAGGGAGCCCGACGGUGACAUGUUCGCGAAGGAGAAGAAGAUGAGCACGACAACGUGGAAGAAGCAGGUCAACGAGAUGGAGAAGAUUGUCAAGGAGGUGGAGGGUGAGGAUGAUCGGCUUUACGAGCCGACCGAGACUAAAAAGUCGAAAUAGAGUGAAGUACGAGAAAAACGAGGAGGGCUAGAAAUCUCACCAGUCCCGGUUGAUGUCAUUUUUUUCCCCUCAAGGAAAAAAAAAAAGAAAAAAGAAAAAAAAGCACAAAUGGGAUUAACGAAUCAGCGUCAUCCGGCCAAGACCAAGCCACCCGGUCUUGUGGUCCUGGAUCAGGGACCCGGGUUGAAUGGUUGGCUGACACCAAGGAUCUGCGACCCUUCAUGCGAUGUGGGAUGGUGGCACGGACGGCGGUCGAUGACGACUGAACACACGAACGAGAACGGCGGUACACCACAUUGGAUACGGAUGUAUACCAUCUGGAUGGAAACCCGCCGCGCCGGACCAGCCCAACAAAAGGCAAGAGGGUACUAUAAUACAGUACCCACAAUGAAGGAGGAGUUGGUCUCAUAAACCAAAUGAUGGAAUGACUGAAUAGGUAACUGGAUUGGGACGGACGGAGCUGAUAACAACACGUUCAAGAAAAGCAAGAACAGUGGUCACUCACUGUUUGUCCAUUAGAAAGAUUUUAAUAACCUACACGUUGUACAUACUUUAUAUCAUUUUAUAUAUACCCGCAUCUUUGCACAUAAGCA